CACUCCAUGCUGGCUUCAAGGAGGUGGAGCAGGAGCUGCCUGGAGCUGAGGACCUGGACGGGGCUGCCCGGGCACUGAUGCGGCUGCAGGACGUCUACGCGCUCAGCGUCAAGGGCAUGGCCAACGGUGUCUUCCAGCGAGCCGGCGCCAGCCGCCCACCCCUCUACAGCCCCAGCCGGCGCGUCUCCCUCUCUGCCGAUGACUGCUUCCAUGUGGGCAAGGUGGCCUAUGACACGGGCGACUACUACCACUCCAUCGCGUGGCUGGAGGAGGCCGUCGGCCUCUUCCGCCUCUCCUACGGCAGCUGGAACCCCGAGGACCGGAGCAGCCUGGAGGAUGCUCUGGACCAUCUCGCCUUCUCCUACUUCAUGGCUGGAAACAUCUCCCACGCCUUGAGCCUCUCCAGGGAGUUUCUCCACUACGACCCCAGUAACCAAAGGGUGGUGAGGAACGUGGCCAAGUACGAGAAGCUGCUGGAGACGGGGACGGCGGCGAGCGCCGGCCCCCUGCGACGCCCCAACGGCACCCACCUGCAGAGCCGCGACACCUACGAGGAGCUGUGCCAGCGCCCAGGGGGGCAGCCGGCCCCGGAGCGUCUCCCACAACUCCACUGCUCCUACGAGACCAACGGCAGCCCCUACCUCCUUCUCCAGCCUGCCAAGAAGGAGAUGGUCCAGAUCCAACCCUACGUGGCUUUGUACCAUGAUUUCAUCAGCGACACCGAGGCUGAGACCAUCAAGGGGUUGGCAGGGCCCUGGGUGAGCCGGCUUGUUCCCCCACCGCAGAGGUCCGUGGUCGCCUCUGGGGAGAAGCAGCAGAAAGCCGAGUACCGGAUAAGCAAGAGCGCCUGGCUGAAGGACACCACCGACCCGGCGGUACGGUCGUUGGAGCAGCGCAUCGCUGCCAUCACCGGCCUGGACCUGCGGCCACCCUACGCCGAGUACCUGCAGGUGGUCAACUAUGGGUUGGGAGGCCACUACGAGCCACACUUCGACCAUGCCACGUCCAGGAAGAGCCCCCUUUACAGAAUGAAGUCGGGCAACAGGAUCGCCACGGUCAUGAUCUACCUGAGUGCGGUGGAGGCCGGCGGCUCCACCGCCUUCAUCCACGCCAACUUCAGCGUGCCCGUGGUUAAGAACGCAGCUCUCUUCUGGUGGAACCUGCGGAGGAAUGGGGACGGGGACGGGGACACCCUGCACGCCGGCUGCCCUGUCCUGGCCGGGGACAAGUGGGUGGCGAAUAAGUGGAUCCACGAGCACGGGCAGGAAUUUCGGCGGCCGUGCAGCACCGACCCACAAGACUGA